CAUCCAGCGAAUGAUGAUGGCCUUGGGCACUCUGCUCCUGGCCCUGAGCCCCGAGGCUGUUGCAGCGAGCAAGUCUUUUUCGCUUGGGAACUGGCGUUUCAAUGAUCCCCACUACUCCAGUGACCAGUACGCCAAGAUAUUGUCGGAGUCCGGCAUUGGCCACGAUCAGGACCACACGGAAAAAGGUGCUGGUAAAGGUGGUGUGGGUCCCCUGCAGAUCCAGUACGUUGACUACCAACCACACUGCGCGUCUGGCGGCGUGCCCGUCUGCGCCACAAAUGGAACGGAUCACUUCUACUUCGAGAACGACUGCCGCUUGGAGGCGCACAACAUGAAGAUGUUGUUUCAGUAUGGCACAGAACUUGAGCCCACGGAGCUUGAGCGCUGCCUGCCCACUUGUCGGACCAUGAAGUGCACGAAGAUCCACCGGCCCGUCUGUGCCGUGGUCGAGAUCGGAGGGGAAGGAAGCGGCGCUCAGACUCCCACUACAUUCCCCAACGAGUGCGAGUUGCGGAGGCACGAGUGCCAGAGAAAACAAGUAAUGCGUAUACUGCACGCCGGACCGUGCCCUCCGCCAACCAAGGGCAGGCGCAAGAAGUUGCGCCGCAACAAGGGAAAGCGGCCAGCAUCCGCAGCAGGAAGCACAGGUCGUCCCAAGGUUUAUGUGAUGCUAGCGCAGUCCCAGCCAUCGCCAAGGACAGGCACGACGACUACGACGCCUACGACAACAAUGUCGACGAUGACGCCAAUCACCAGCAGCACGGCUCCACUGCGGUUCCGUCAGGUGAUGAACUCCGGCAAUCCGAUGGUAUCCGUAUCGCGAGCCAUGGACGCCUACAGUGUCUAUAAUAUAGAUGAUGUGGGUCACGACUAUGGCGAAAUCACCGACUCUACGCUCUCGCUUUUUGUGCCCGGCGUGGGCCGUGUGACUGAUGCAUAUCCCACUACCUCAACGACGACCAUAAAACCAAAGGCAGCAACAUUGACGCCCACCCCAAUCAUCAGCACCAAGGCUUCCCCAACCGUCGGAACCAAGAGCACCAGCAGCACCACCUCCACAGAGAUGCCAGGGAUCACCACCGAAAGCUCGAAGCACAGAAGACCAGAAGCAACGUCAGAGGCUUCCGAUAACCUGAGUUAUUACUCAACCACCGAUUCAUCUUCAACGGAUAGAACAGAGCCAAUUUGAGAGAGAUAAAGAACCUGAUGAACUUUACAAUUA